UGCCCGGGACCAUGGGCCUGGGCGGACCGGUGUAGCUCCACUGUGGGACUGUGGCGGGUUGCCAAUUGGCAGGGAGCGUGCAAUUAUUAAUCCACUAAAGGAAAUAGAAGAAAUUAAUAUUGGACUUCCGGUCAGGAUGUAAUGUUAGGAUGGAAGCACAGUGAAGGUAGCGGGCAUCACCGCGGCGGGACAGGGCGUGAUCCAGCGGCGGCGGCACGAACAGGGGACAGCACCGCGAUGCCGAGCUGGGCUUAGCUGUGUGGUAGCGGAAUUAGCUAACUGGGUAGCUUCGGUUUCUGGAUCGGGAAACUGAAUUGAUUUCCAGUUUAUAUCGUCGCACAUUUCGUGUCCCGUGCGAACCAGGGAGGAGACAAGACAAGACAAGACGCCGCGGGAGACGCCUCAGUAGAACACACGUUGCUAUUUGUGCCACAAAGGUUGGAACACCUGGCAGCUAGCCAGCUAGUCGGAGCUAACAGCUGAGAGCUAGGUCCGUGACGUCACGGCCCGUAUCCUCCUCCUCGGCGGGUUUUUGCCACGACGUGAGGUUCACACUAAAUGUAAAAAUCCCAGCGACACCUCCACCUGGCCGUCUUCUUCAUGGAUAACCAGGUUGCCAUGGUGACCCUCUUGCAGCAUAGCAACAACAUCAGCAGCACCGCUCCGAGCUCCGUGUCGGACUCUGCCGCCGCCGGCGGGGCGUUGAGCCGGGCCGGUCACACCGCGGCGGCCGUGGUCCUCGGGUUCAUCCUGGUGCUGGGCUUCCUCUCCAACUUCCUGGUGCUCCUGGUUUUCUCUCGCUUCCAUUGGCUGCGGACUCCGGCCAAACUGCUGCUGAUCAACAUCAGCGCCAGCGACAUGUUCGUCUGCAUCUUCGGGACUCCCAUCAGCUUCGCGGCCAGCGUGCGCGGCGGGUGGCUGACCGGGUCCUACGGGUGCCGGUGGUACGGGUUCUCCAACGCGCUUUUCGGUAUAGUAUCGCUGGUGUCUCUCUCUCUGCUGUCCUUCGAACGGUACUCAGUGGUGCUCCGCAGCGCCCAGUUCGACUCCUUACAGUCCCUCAGGGCCAGGGUCGCUGUAGCAGCCUCCUGGCUCUACUCACUCGUCUGGACUGUGCCGCCGCUGCUGGGCUGGGGCAGCUAUGGACCCGAGGGUCACGGCACCACCUGCUCGGUGCAGUGGCACCAGCGCUCGGCCACAUCUCGCUCCUACGUCAGCUGCUUGUUCGUCUUCUGCCUGAUCCUGCCUCUGCUCCUCAUGUUGUUCUGCUAUGGGAGGAUCCUGCUGGCCGUGCGAGUGGUGGCGAGAGAGGUCACUGAGAUCGACCGGUCCUCGGCUGAGCAGAGGGAGGGCCGUAUACUUCUGAUGGUGGUCUCCAUGGUGACAGGCUACCUAUUGUGCUGGAUGCCAUAUGGUGUGGUGGCAAUGCUCUCCUCCUUUGGCCGGCCCGGCGUGUUGCCGCCUACCGCCAGUUUAAUCCCCUCCCUGCUGGCGAAGGCCAGCACCGUCCUCAACCCCGUUAUUUACGUGCUGCUAAACAAGCAGUUCUCCAGGUGUUUCCUGUACAUAUUCAGGUGCAGUUCAGAAGCCCCGCCCACCCAGGGCCACCUCACUCUGCCCAGCAGUGGAGGGGCGUGGUCUCACCCUCUCAAUCUGCCCACAGAGGAACAAUACACACUUGCUGCCCAGCGGUCCCACAGCGUCCCGCCCCGGUGCUCACUAUCAAUGCAAGACAGAGGUCAAAUGUGAUUUGGGCUCAGUGAACAAGUUAGCUAUAUCGUGUUUACCGCCAUUGUCUUGAGUCAAGGUGCUCUGUAAUACCUCAGAUUGGGAGUUGCUUUGGAUCAGAUGAAGCUCAUGUUGUGGUCUAAUCUAGUCCUAAGUACUGUACUUCAAACUAUAAUUAAAUGUGAUGAUUUAA